GCUUGCUUUUAGGAAACAUGGCUGCGAUUUUUGGACAACUUGUUAUAGGACCUCCAGGGAGUGGAAAGACAACAUACUGUCAGACAAUGGGCCAUUUCCUUAAGAGUAUUGGGAGGAAAGUUUCAAUUAUAAACAUAGAUCCAGCUAACGAUUCUCUUAUUUAUGAAGCAGCAGCUGAUGUAUCAGAGUUAGUUACCGUGGAUGAUGUGAUGACUAAUCUGCACCUAGGACCCAAUGGAGGACUGAUGUUUUGUAUGGAAUUUUUGGAGAAAAAUGUAGAUUGGUUACUAGAACAUGUGUGCCGCUUGAGAGAUUCUUACAUUUUAUUUGACUGUCCUGGGCAGGUUGAAUUAUACACUCAUCAUGAUUCAAUGAAAAAUAUUACAGAAAAACUAGAGAAAUAUGGUGUUCAUCUGUGUGCUGUUCAUCUUGUAGACUGUCAUUACUGUAAUGAUCCAGGGAAGUUUAUCUCAGCAUUGCUGCUCUCCUUGUCAGCAAUGUUGCAACUAGCGUUGCGCAGUUGGAGGUGA